AUGUGGCUAUUUGGCGGAACAAGCAAGAAGGAGGAGAGUGCAGAAACGGCUCCAGCAAGGGUUGCAGCGGAGCAGGAGGACACACAGCUCAGCAUGUCGGCGCUCCCGGUGUUCGAUGCGUCGAAGCUGCACCCGCUUGCCGGGCUCGACAAGGACCUGGAGUACCUCGACCUCGACGAGGAGAAGUUGAACACGGUGGAGGGCACGGGCAACGGGAUCCUGCCAUCGCGUGGGUGGACGGACGACUUGUGCUACGGCACGGGGACGUUGUACGUGAGCGGGUUGGGGCUCGGGGGGCUGGUGGGUCUGAACGAGGGGCUGAAGCAUCUUCCGCAGGGGUCGGUGGACCCGGUGACGGGGGCGGUGAAGGCUGCGCCGUUCAAGUUGAAGUUGAACACGGUGUUGAACCAGGUGACCAAGCACGGGCCGCACGUGGGGAACUCGGCGGGGGUGCUCGGGCUCCUGUACAACAUCAUCGACUCGAGUCUGGACGCGUACCGCGGCAGACACGACGACCUGAACUCGCUGGCGUCCGGUGCGUUGGCGGGCGCCAUCUUCAAGAGCACGUCCGGGCCGAAGGCCAUGGCGUACAGCACGGGGCUCAUGACUGCGGCUGCGGCCGCGUGGUGUGGGUUCAAGAGAAUGCUCAACUAG